AUGUUGGUCCUUCGUCUCAGCCUGGCUCAAUACUGUGCAGCCAUGGCCAUGGCGCAGAAGGCGAUUGAAGUGGUUGUUGUGUCCGCAAGGCGCACGCCUGUGGGCAAAUUUGGCGGCUCUUUGGCCGCGGUGCCCGCGCAUGUGUUGGGUGCCAAGGUUAUCGGAACCCUGCUUGGUGACACAGGCGGCAAGGUGAAGAAUGAUAUGGUUGACGAGGUCAUCAUCGGACAGGUGCUCACCGCCGGCUGUGGCCAAAAUCCAGCACGGCAGGCAGUCAUAAGCGCUGGACUGCCGGAGACUUGUCCGGCCUUGACAAUCAACAAGGUUUGUGGGAGCGGGCUGAAGGCGUUGCACCUCGGGAUGCAGGCGAUUGCAUCAGGUGAUGCUCAAAUCGUGAUUGCUGGUGGUCAGGAGAGCAUGUCAUCCAGUCCGCACGUGCUGAACAAAAGCAGGGACGGACAAAGAAUGGGUGAUUGGAAGAUGAUUGACUCCAUGAUCGUCGACGGGUUGUGGUGUGCGUUUAACCAGUACCACAUGGGCAUCACCGCCGAGAACGUGGCAGACAAAUUUGGCAUUGACCGAUCAACGCAAGAUGCUUUUGCGGCAGCAUCUCAGAAGAAGGCGGCAGAGGCUCAGCAGGCGGGAAAGUUCAAGGACCAGAUUGUGCCCGUCCCAACUUCCAAGAAAGGUCAGGUCUUGGACCAGGACGAAUACAUCAAGGCAGACUCCACUGCAGAGCAGCUGGCAAAGCUGAAGCCUGCCUUCAAGAAGGACGGUUCGGUCACAGCAGGCAAUGCAUCUGGCCUCAACGACGGGGCGGCGUUGUGCUUGCUGAUGUCUGCGUCCAAGGCACAUGAACUGGGCCUCGAGCCCUUGGUCCACAUCCGCGGCUUUGCGAGCGCGGGUGUGGAUCCGAAGAUCAUGGGCACAGGCCCCAUUCCAAGCUCCAAGAAAUGCUUGGAGAAGGUGGGCUGGUCCGUUAAGGACCUGGACAUCAUCGAGGCCAACGAGGCCUUCGCGGCGCAAGCGUUGGCCGUGAACAAGGAGAUGGGAUGGGACACAUCCAAAGUCAACGUCAAUGGCGGUGCAAUUGCCAUCGGCCACCCCAUCGGAGCGUCGGGCUGCCGCAUCGCUGUGGACCUGAUUCACGAAAUGAGACGCACCAACAAGCGUCGCGGCCUUGCGACGCUUUGCAUCGGUGGUGGCCAAGGCUCGGAAGCCCCGGAAACGAGCCAGGAGGUCCCUCUCGAGUCUUGGGACCGCCUGCAGGCGGUGGAGAGCGAGGUGACGCGCCUCGGGGAAGAGCUCCGGCGCGUGGAGGAGGAGCAGCAGCAUGCAGCUCGCCAGCGAGGCGACCUGCAGCAGGCGGAUAAGCUCCUGAUGGCUCGACUGUCCACGCUGGAAGGUGACAAAGCUCACACCGGCGUCCAAGUGCAGAAUUUGCAUGCACUCAUUUCAGCCCUCGACAGAGGGGCGCGUGGCCUUUCCGAGGACCUGACCUGUGUGGUGGAGGAGGUGGAACUGAGGCUUGCCAAGAUCGGCCAGGAGCUCUCCAGCCAGAGGUGUGCACUGCAGCAGAUGACUUAUUCUACGCAAGCUUCGCCGUCUUUGCCAGUGUCAGCUGCAGUUGAGAGACUCUGCAGUUCCAAUCCCAGGAUGCAGCGAUCUGAAGCCACACGACUUUGCCAAAGCCUUCGUGCCUGGAGGGCUGCGGUGUGUUCCUCGGAGAGGCCAAGGCUUGCUGCUUCGGACGCUGCCAUGCCGAUAAUUGAGCAGCACUUGCAGCAACGGUUUGAGUGGCUCGAACAACGGGCCCUGCUCAGCGCUCGCUGCGAGGUGCUGCGCCAAAGAGAGGAACUUUGCCUUGCGGUUGGAACCGAGCUACACGAGGCAAACCACGCCCACUUCCAGAUCGAUGAGGCGAAGGUGCUCAAACUGUCCGAGGGCCUCAGCGAAGUGCAGCAGAGGGUCGAGGACGUAGAGGCAUCUUUGCCGCAGCUGGUGAGCAAAGUCAGCGAAUUAGGCCACUCUCGGCCGGCAAGGGCGGACAAGGCUUUUGGCCAAGCCCCCGAGUCCUUGAGUGCGGUGCGAGCAGACGUGGGCGCUGUUGCACGCAGUGUUGCCCAGUUGGACGAGGUCUUCAGGGAAGCACUUGAGCUCAACGACAUCCGCGACUCGAAGGUGGAGGAGCUUCGCCAGGUACUCAGCGAAGUGGCAGAGACCUCCGCGUCACCCGAAGAUGUGGUGGCCAGGCACGCCGUGCAGGUGGUUUGGCAGAGUGUUGAGGAACUUCAAGAGGCCCUCCGGGAAGAGAGCCAGGCGUCCAAAGCAGACGUGGCCAAAGAUCUCCGGACUGUGAGGGAAGACCUGAAGCUUCUCAAGGAGCAGGCACCACAUCAACUCAGAUUGUCCAGAACCGUCGAGGAGUUGCAGAAGGCUGUGACGGACUUGAAGGUGGUUGAACAAGAAAGCUCCAAAGCUUCCACGGAUGUCAACGACCUCCGCCACAGCUUGGCUGAAUUGCAGGAGGCAUUCAGAGAAGCGGAGCAGAAGGCUGCAGCAGAAGCUCAUUGCCAUGUCCAAGAACUCAGCGAGGCUGUGACGGACUUGAAGGUGGUUGAACAAGAAAGCUCCAAAGCUUCCACGGAUGUCAACGACCUCCGCCACAGCUUGGCUGAAUUGCAGGAGGCAUUCAGAGAAGCGGAGCAGAAGGCUGCAGCAGAAGCUCAUUGCCAUGUCCAAGAACUCAGCGAGGCUGUGACGGACUUGAAGGUGGUUGAACAAGAAAGCUCCAAAGCUUCCACGGAUGUCAACGACCUCCGCCACAGCUUGGCUGAAUUGCAGGAGGCCCAGCGCGACACUGAACACGCAUCGGUGUCUCCGAGUGCAGAUCAGUCGCGCAGCGAGGAGAUGUGCGAGGACAUGCAGAUCCAAAACAGUCUCGAGGGGGCCUCUGAGGCCACAGCAAUCGGCUUAGAAUGCAACGUCUUGUCCACGUGCUGCCAUGCUGCACCGCUGAACAUCGCUUCAAGCAUCAUGGGCUGCGUGGUUAGUUGGGAUGCAGCUUCGCCUACCUUCGGCAGUGCUGCGCCAUGCCCCGACAGAGGAGACGCCACUGAAGUGCGUCAGCUUCAGGGACCUCAUCGACAGCUCUUCCCAGAGACUGCAGAGGAGUGGGCGCAAGCACGCAACGAGGUCGCUGUCGCCGCCUUUGUCCCGCUCAGCUUCCAAAGUGUCGAAGGCGUCCUGGGAGUCAAGCUCAAACGCCUCUGGCAUUCUGCUUGGGUCCUGCGGCAUCGAUCGAAG